CCAAAAACCGCAAACGAAACAGCGUCCUGUGCCUCCGCCGAGCUGCAGAGUCUCGCCUGCGGCCUCAGGCUUCUCAAAAGCCAGUGUUCUGGUUCAAUAAGCGUCAUUGAAGCUCGAUGGUAUGACUGCUACGAUCCAAAUGCAGCGAGCACGUGGGAAAGUUGUAAGAAAAAGAAGUAUUCACGAGAUUGAGAAUGUAGACUAAAGGCGGGGGGUAACUGUCUUGAUAUGCGGAUACUUCCCGCUGCUUCAGUCAACCAAACUGUCUCCUCAUUCCACCGGAGGAUUCUUACUCGAUGCCUCGCUGCCGAGGGCGAGCGCGUCCACAACAGGAAGAAAUUGGAUGAGUUGGGACUUCAAGUCUGCGGUGAAACUGCUGAAGGCCAGGAGGGCAACAUGGACUCGCACAACAACACGGCGAUCAGAGCUCUCUAAGAGGCCGGACGACGACCUCAGCUCCAUGAGCGGCUGGACACAGAGCAUGCCGACAGACGCGAUGCUCGAAGACCUCCAUGAGACACAUUUUGCCUGAUUUCGGUGGUUUAUCUGUUGCUUAUUUUUGGAUUAGUGAGUAGUCGUUUGAAUGGGCUUGUCUCAGCGGUCUGUCGGAUCACUGUUGACUAGGUAGGUAGUAACCUUGGAACCAACAGCGAAUGACUUGAAAGGAACAUGAAAGGUACUUCUGGCUAGAGGGUGAUUUGAACUGGGAGCCUCUAGACCGACCGUCUCGGACCUUUGCCAUUCUACUACACUACCCAGGGGGGUGAAAGUAGGAAGGUUGACUUCCCUUAUCAACCCAUUCAGCCAUGCGGAGGGAAUGAAGGAUGUGUAGUUACUAAUCUUGAUGCUGCUCGGACCUUUAGGUCGUUGGAAUUCCAUAUCUCUAGCAUGGGAGUCAGAAAUCCAUUUCAGGUCAUCAAUUGGCUGGCU